AUGGGGGUUUCAGAACUGGACACUUUGCAUUUGAUGUGCGAGACGAAGGCGAACCCACCGGGUGACAAUUAUACAUGGUAUUUUAAUAAUGUAGAAAUAAAACCAAAUAGUGUAUGGGGAAGUCAAACCAAAGCCCAGAGUCUGACAAUAGUUGAGACUGAGAGAAAGCAUGCAGGACAAUACUCUUGUGCAGCUGCGAACGGCGUCGGUGAAACCAGAGCUAAAGCAAUUAAUUAG